UUUCUCUCUCUCUCGCUCGGCGCCGUUUCGAUCUUUCUUUGUUGGAUACCAUCAAACGUGUUCUUCAGACAACCACCGUCCACCAUGGAACUUUUCUCCGGCGAACCUCCUCCUCCUCCUCCGUUGUCUUUCUCAUCAUCAUGCCUCUUUCAGGCUUGAUCAAAUUUCACGUUACAUCUUAUACAUAAGUAGAACGAAAUCGACCCUUGUCUUUCUUUCUCAAUGAACAAUCAACAACGCUGAGUGGCCGACAGAGAGAGAGAGAGAGAGAGUUGAGUCUUCGAAGAUGAACGACCUGUUCUCACAAUCCUUCAGGCGGUACACGGACCUGAAGAAGCAAGCCGAACAUGACAUGGAGAACGGAGUCGGCGGGGAAGACGGCGAGGAUAUGGCGCCGAAGGACGACGCCAACCUCGACCACUUCUUUGAGGUGGUGGAGAACGUGAAGGAGGACAUGAAGGCCAUGGAGAAGCUCUACCGGCAGCUGCAGGACACCAACGAGGAGACCAAGCGGGCUCACAAUGCCAAGACCGUGAAGGAGCUGCGCCAGAGGAUGGACUCGGAUGUGGGGCAGGUGCUCAAGCGGGCCAAGCUCAUCAAGGCCAAGAUCGCCGCCCUCGAGCGCUCCAACGCCGCUCACCGCAACAUCCCCGGCUGCGGCCCCGGCAGCUCCGCCGAUCGCACCCGCACCUCCGUCGUCAAUGGCCUCGGCAAGAAGCUCAAGGACGUCAUGGAUGAUUUCCAGGGCUUGAGGUCAAGGAUGGCCGCGGAGUACCGGGAAACCGUGGAGCGGCGCUUCUUCACCAUCACCGGCGAGCAACCGGACGAGCAGAUGGUGGAGAAGCUGAUCUCGACGGGCGAGAGCGAGAACUUCCUUCAGAAGGCCAUUCAGGAGCAAGGGCGGGGCCAGAUCCUGGACACCAUAUCGGAGAUACAGGAGCGGCACGACGCUGUGAAGGAGAUAGAGCGGAGCCUGCUGGACCUGCACCAGGUGUUCCUGGACAUGGCCGCGCUGGUUGAAGCGCAGGGCCAGCACCUCAACGACAUCGAACGGCACGUCGCCCACGCCCACUCUUUCAUCGGCCAUGGCGUCGAGGAGCUGCAGACGGCCAAGGAGUACCAGAAGAGCUCCCGGAAGUGGACGUGCAUCGCCUUCGCCCUCGGCGUUGUCCUCAUCCUCAUCCUCAUCAUGCCGAUCCUGACUCCCAUCUUGACUCGCCUCUGAUUCAUCACGGUUGCAGAGGUGGUGGAUUUGACGGUGCACCACGCACGGUGGUCGUGAUGGUGGUGGUGGAUGAUGAUGAUGCGGAGCAUCACGCACAUAAUUCAUAGCUUUCAUGGCUUUUUGUGUCGUGCGCGGAUGCUUCUUGGUGGUCUCUUUGCAUUUUCAAACUCACGGUAUCAUGGGAUCCAUUGAUGGCUUGUUAUGUAGGUGCAUGAAGCAAGAUGCAUGAUGCCUGGUAUUGUUGUAUAUUACCAAUCUGUAGUUGCAUUGGAAGUUACCGAAGCGCGC